AUGGCCUCCGAACAAGACCCUCCCGCCCCGGCGCAACACCAGCGCCAACCACAACCACAGGACCCAGAUACCGAGAUGCCCGACCACCACCACCAACAACCACCAGCACCACCCAGUCAAACCGACCCCUCCGCCGCCACCACCACCGAAGCAACCGAACCCCCCCCCCCAAACCAACCCGAAUCCCAACCCCAAGACCAACCCCAAGAAACCCGGGAACCCCAAGAAAAGAAACAACCGCCGCCACCCCCGCCAGCACCCGGUCCGCGCGCGGCACGACUGCAGGCGCUGUUUGCGUCGACGGCAAAACACACGCUGGACAAGAUCAACAAGGAGAAUUUUGGGGCGUGCUUCCCGACUAUUUCGGAUAAGGCGCCGGGGACGCUGGAGUUUGUGCAGCGGCAGAUGGUGGAGCGGCUGGGGGGGUUGUGGAAUAAAGAAUUCGAGACCAUCAUGACCAACCGGCAGGUGGUGGCACGGCUGAACGAGCUAGAAGAACUAGUCAGCGACGCUGCCCGGCGGAGGACAGAAUCCGACGACCCAAAUUCACCGCCAGUUCCACCACACACUCUCCCCGCCCCCACCAUCCUGCACGCCCACCUGACCCCGCACCUGGCCUCGCACCAAUCGCAGCUCAACGCCAAACUGCAAAACACGCAGGCGGCCAACGCGCGGCUGUGGGACGAGAUCCGGGCGCAGCGGGCCGAGAUGGAGGCGCUGCUGGCCGGCGUGGAGAAGGCGGUGCGCGACACGGAGGGCGCCAACGCAUUGCUGGGCGAGGUCGCGGACGAGUUGGCGGCGGAGACGCGGGCGGCGGAGAAGGAUGUGCGGGGGGUUAGUGUUGGUAGUGUUGGUGGGGGUGGUGGUGUAAAUAAAUAG